AUGCCGCAUGUACAACCUGCGUAUGAACCCCCUCAAGUGUGUAUUUGGGAUUUGCACAAGUUCAUACCAGCACUCGCCGAGGUUUCUCACACUUUCAGCUCGCUGAUCAAAGACAAUGCCAAAUUUGUCUGGACAACAGCUCAUCAAGUAGCUUUCGAAAAGAUCAAGUCCAUUCUUAGCUCCUCGACCACAAUGCGUCCACCUAUCAGAGAGCAACCCCUACUACUCUACCUUACCUCAAUUGACAGGUCCAUUGGUGCCCUUCUCGCUCAAAUAGUUGAAAGCCGAGAACGCCCAAUCUAUUAUCUCAGCCGCCUCGUCCAUGAGGCCGAAGCUCGAUACUCAGCCAUUGAGCUCCACUGCCUCGUGUUUGUCUUCGCAGCAUAA